GGUAGGGAGUGUGUGGAGAUUGAGGGUAAAAUAGGUGCCCAAGGUGUCAACAUUCUGAAUGCUGCUUUCCCAUUUUUUUCUGUAAUGAGAAUCAAACGGCAGUCGCCUUGCUUUAACCUCAGCUUUUCUAAGUUUUAAUGAUUUCACAAAAAAAGUGUGGCAGGAGCACCUCCCUCCCCCUUUUGAGGGGUUUGCUAACAAGCGCUGGGCUGGGUGCCUGGCCCAGUGUCCUGGCUGCAUCCUCUCACCUGGGGCUGCCUCUGGCCAGUAGCUGCAAUCCCCUAGGAAGGGGCAUAGAUAAGGGGGGAAAAAUCUUUUUAAUCACCACCCUCCCCGCAAAAAAAGGACUGAAAUCUUUUGUUGACAUAGCAGGUGGAUGUGACGUCACCUGGACGCUGCAGGCAGAGAGAGAGAGAGAGACAACACAACAAUCUCACAAUCCGCCGAAAGCUUUCACUUUGUAACUGCUGCAGAUUAAUCACAACAUCCCUCCUUUCCUGUUAAACAAGAGAACAAAUAGAAAACCCAGCCCCUGAUUAAAAAGUGCAGCCUCUUCCCAGUGGCAGCUUGUGUCAAUGUGAGGGAAUCUGUCAAAGACAGGCACGUGUGAGGUGAAUGCUGUCUCUUUGAGGUGGGGUUGGUGUAUCGGGGUGGAGGGGAGGCUGCUGUGACUGGAGAAGCAAAGAUAUUGGGAGUGAACAAGGAGCGAGUGAGCGCAGUGCUCUCCCUCCCUCCCUGGUGCCUGUACACUGGGCUGCCCUCUUCCCCUCCCACUCGUACACAACACCAGUUUCUCAACCAACCCAUCUCUCCACCCCCCCCCAUGUGCAUUUGCAAACAUUAAAUCGAACCUGAAGAAUUAUUUCGUCCCGCACCACGUCGCUCAUACUCCGAUAAACGUCGCUUUCACUUGUGGGACUUCCCAAGAUGAUGUCCCUGCCACCAGGCACUAGCAGGAAGCUGCACCAUCUCAUGACCAUGGGUCAUAUACUCCUGAGCAUGCAGGCUCAUUGAAACUGCAACCAAUAAAUCUAGCCACAGAAGGGAUUAUUAUCAUUGUGUCUGUGGUGUAUUGAAGGCAGAGCAGUAAAGGUGGAAGAAAUUUUCUAGUGAGUCCAGGACGAUCAGGAGCCUCCACUGGCUGCCAAACGGCCAAAUCUGAAGAUGGCACAGCAGAAAGUCCCCUCAGGAAGCAGCGGAAGUACACAUGGCCCAGAAUCUAUCAUCCUCAGUGCCAUUUCCUCCAAAUAUGAGGAAAAAUAAAGUCCAGAAGAAGAGUCCUGGAGCCAAGACAGGAAGAGGGUUGUGCAAAUUUUAUGAAAGGAAGUUUGCUGAGGCAUUAAGUACAGUCUUCACCAUCCACAAACUGCCUUCAGUCUCGGAAGAACUUUAAUAAGAAAGUUGGAACAUGGGGCUGACAUUGCCUUAGCUCCAAAGAAUUGCAUGGAAUUAUAUUUGAUCUAGAAGUUCUUAAACUUUUAGGCAGCUGGGGAAGAACACUGGGUGAAAGAAUUGGUGGAAUUUUCCUAGCCCGUGAGUGUCUGGGUACGGCAAGAAAUUUGGGAGAAAACAGUAAGAAUUAAAAAUGAUAUCCUUGAUGUCUCCAUAUUGACCUUCAUCCACCAAUAUCUCUUGGGGACGUUGACGGUCUCCACUUUUUGUCUGCAGAAGUUGGCAUCUGCAAAACAGCAGCCUCACCACAUCAUCAGGAUCAGUCUUGGAGUACCUCAGAAGACAAUUGAGCAUUUUGUUAGUGCAGUUUGGAGCUCAUGAGCAGGCUGCUGUCAGGUCAAUGUGACCAUAGGUUCACACACCCAUUAAAUGUAAAUGUGAGGUAUUAAGUCAUGAUGCAAGAAUCCGCGACCGAGACAAUAAGCAACAGUUCAAUGAAUCAAAAUGGAAUGAGCACUCUAAGCAGCCAAUUAGAUGCUGGCAGCAGAGAUGGAAGAUCAAGUGGUGACACCAGUGGUGAAGUAAGCACAGUAGAACUGCUGCAUCUGCAACAACAGCAGGCACUACAAGCAGCAAGACAGCUUCUUCUUCAGCAGCAAACCAGUGGUCUGAAAUCUCCAAAGGGAAACGACAAACAGCGAACAUUACAGGUGCCUGUGUCAGUGGCCAUGAUGACUCCCCAGGUGAUCACCCCUCAGCAGAUGCAGCAGAUCCUUCAACAGCAAGUGCUGUCCCCACAGCAGCUUCAGGCUCUACUUCAACAACAGCAAGCAGUCAUGUUACAGCAGCAACAGCUUCAAGAGUUCUAUAAAAAACAACAGGAACAGUUGCAUCUUCAGCUUUUGCAGCAGCAACAACAACAACAACAACAACAACAACAGCAGCAGCAGCAGCAACAACAGCAGCAGCAGCAGCAGCAGCAGCAACAGCAGCAGCAGCAUCCAGCCAAGCAAUCAAAAGAGCAGCAGUUGGCAGCCCAACAGAUUGUCUUCCAACAGCAGCUUCUCCAAAUGCAGCAAAUCCAACAACAACAGCAUUUGAUGAACUUACAACGUCAGGGACUCAUUACUAUUCAACCUGGACAGCCAUCCCUUUCAGUCCAAUCUCUACCGCAAGGCUUAAGCCCUGCAGAGAUUCAGCAGCUCUGGAAAGAAGUGACCGGGGUGCACAAUAUGGAAGACGGUGUUUUGAAGCAUGGCGGGUUGGAUCUCUCUACCAAUAAUUCUUCCUCUACUACCUCCACUACCAUUUCCAAAGCAUCGCCGCCAAUAACUCAUCAUUCAUUAAUGAACGGACAGGCUUCAGUUGUCACAACAAGAAGAGAUAGCUCAUCACAUGAGGAAACUGGGGCCAGUCAUCCUCUCUAUGGUCAUGGUGUGUGUAAAUGGCCUGGAUGUGAAAAUAUUUGUGAAGAUUUUGGACAGUUUUUGAAGCACCUUAAUAAUGAACAUGCAUUAGAUGACAGGAGUACUGCACAGUGCCGGGUCCAGAUGCAAGUUGUGCAGCAGUUGGAGAUACAGCUUUCUAAAGAACGUGAACGCCUUCAGGCAAUGAUGACACACCUUCAUAUGAGACCAUCCGAUCCUAAGCCAUGUCCGAAACCUCUGAAUCUGGUGUCGAGUGUCACAAUGUCUAAGAACAUUUCAGAGACUUCCCCACAGAGCUUACCUCAGACUCCCACCACACCAACAGCCCCAGUCACCCCUGUCACGCAAGGACCCUCCGUAAUCACUCCAGCCAACGUGCACAAUGUGGGACCAAUUCGAAGACGACAUGGUGAUAAGUACAACAUUCCCAUUUCAUCAGAGAUUGCCCCAAACUAUGAGUUUUAUAAGACUGCAGAUGUCAGACCUCCAUUUACUUAUGCAACACUCAUAAGGCAGGCUAUCAUUGAAUCAUCUGACAGGCAGUUAACACUUAAUGAAAUCUACAACUGGUUUACACGGACAUUUGCCUAUUUCAGGCGUAAUGCUGCAACUUGGAAGAAUGCAGUACGCCACAACCUUAGUCUGCACAAGUGUUUUGUUCGAGUAGAAAAUGUUAAAGGGGCAGUGUGGACAGUGGACGAAAUAGAAUACCAAAAGCGAAGGUCACAAAAGAUAACAGGAAGCCCGACAUUAGUUAAAAAUAUACCUACUAGUUUGGGGUAUGGAGCAGCUCUCAAUGCAAGCUUGCAGGCUGCACUUGCAGAGAGUAGUUUACCUUUACUUAGUAACCCAAGCCUGAUAAACACCACCUCCAGUGGCUUACUGCAGGCAGCCCAUGAAGACCUCAAUGGUUCACUGGAUCACCUCGAAAGCAAUGGGAAUAUCAGCCCAGGAUGUUCUCCACAGCAAUAUACACAACCCAUUCAUGUCAAAGAAGAACCAAUGAAUGCAGAAGAAGAUGAGGGCCCCAUGUCCUUGGUAACGACAGCCAAUCACAGUCCAGAGAUAGAAGAGGACAGAGACAUUGAAGAGGAACCUUCAUCUGAAGACCUAGAAUAAGAUGGAAGUUCAGACAUUAUCACAACAGGGUCAUGUUACAGACCUCCGUAACCACUCCGUGUCAUUGGAUAUUUGGCAGACUUUUACUGUGACUAUUUAUUGAGCAUGAGACAAGGAAACAGCCUAAUGGAACUAUCUGUGAUUUCUACUGAGUACCAAGGGAUGACAAGCAUUGGAAAUUGCUUGCUUUUUUUUCCAACUUAUAGAAAAUUGGAUUGCAAAAAAAUACGUUUUCUGAUAAACUUUCCUCUUUCUCUGAUGGCUUGACCAUAUCAAAUUGUUACCUAACUCUUACUGGUUGAUGGAUUGACCGAAUAUCGGAAUGUCAGCUAAAUAGAAAGUCAAUGGCCUCUUAUACUGCCAAAAAUAGUGUUAGCUUCAUUAAAUGUGAAUUUUUAGUAUACAGUAGCUAAAAUAGAUAAUUUGCUGAUCCAGUUCAAGUUGUUGUUGAUUUUAAUUUGCACAGUAGUGUCAGAAAGUAGAAUCACUGCCUGUAACUAGUUAAAUUUUGGGGACAGAUCAGAUUUUGUGUUGGUGCCACCAACUAUUAUGUUUGUAGUUAGAUAUUACAAAACCACAGUAAUUAGACUGUUGUGGAUUUCUAAGGCAAAUAAACACCUUAGGUUUCCAGUCUGUGCUAUUAGUGUUGAAAUGUAAAGUGCAAUCUUAUAUGUUUUGAAAAAAGUUCUAUCAUCUGUGUAAGUACCAUAUGGAAAUUAUGCUUUUCUGCAUACUCUACAACAGUUCUCUUUACCUCCUUGUAUUUAAGCUUUGUCUACCUGUAAACAUAUUCAAAGGCAACAGCUAAAACCAAAGUCAACUCUGACAAUGGCCAAUAGCUCAAAGACAGAAACAACCAUUUUGAUGGGCCGCCUUCUGUAACUUUAAUUAGUACAAAGGAACAUUUACAUGAACUACCUGCUGUUUUCUGAUGACCUCUGGGAUCUUUUAUUUAACCCUAAAGGAAAGUAUUCAAGAUGACAAAGUCAGAUGUGUGAUCUGCUGAGUCCAAAUAAAUAAUUUUCAGUGACAAAUACUACACAGUAACAAAGUAGGAAGUUAUAUUAGGAACCAGCUAAAUGUGCAUCUUUGACCAAAACAAAAUAUAUGUACUUGAUGCAAUUGCAGAAUUUAUAUUGAUGUUUUCAUUUCACACUUUAAAUAAACAUUUAGAGACCAGUAAUGAAGGUGAGAUUAUAAUACUGAUAAAUUCAGUAGGCUUCAUUUGCAUUUUUUCCCGUACGGAUAACAGUUUUUACUGGUGGCUUUGUAAUGUUUUUGUAAAGCUUAUGUCUUGCUUGUUUUGUCUUUUUCCAUGUUAUGUUCGUCAAGAAGAGUUUUCAGAUUUCACUUAAAAAAUAACCGUAGUAACCAAACAUUGAAAAACUAGUGAAGCCAAAAAUUAUUUUCACUUUUGAGUUCAAAUGAUCUGGCUGAGUUUAACAACGAAAGCAAUUUUUAUACUCAUUUCAAAUCAUGGUGUUUAAUAGUCAUUAUACCAGACAUUUCCAUUUCUCUCAAACCAAAGUGACACAAAUUUCUGCCUCUGCGUAUAUGUGAUGUUAAGGCUUAAAAUAUCUGCUAUACCUAACAAUGCAUAAAAAAACUUUUCCUAAAAUGUUUCAUGAUGCAUUGUAAUGUAGUUUUUAAAAAAAAGACAAAAAUUGCUUAACACUGAUAUUUAUUAACUCAAAAUGUUGCAUUUCACUUUGUGUGCCAAUUCUGUGAAAUACCUUACACUCCCCAUCCACCACUCCCCUCACCCCAUCCCCCUCCCCACCCCCCCAAACCAAGGGACCUCAUAACCUAAUUAUGGUUAUUGCUUUACAAACAGUUUUUGACAGGACGUGGCUGGUAGAGUUUAAAAAACUUGCCAGUUCCACGCGAAAGAGCUGGUUCCUGCAAACCAAGCUCAUCAUUUAUUCUUUGCUGGAGUCAGCAAGUAGACUUAAGACAUUACACAGUCAUCUAUCACACCAAAUAAAAGGACACAACUGCUUUCAGUAGGGUUCUUCCAUUCACCCUAAAGGUUUUCUGAAAGCUUCUACCUCUGCAUAACACACCAGAACAAUUGUGGCAGAUUGUAUUAUUUGCGAGUAUCACAGUUAACUGUUACUCUCACUAUGCUUGUCUAUAGUUCAUGGUCAAUGGAAGGUUUACGUUACCAAUGUGGGGGAGAAAGAUUUCUAAUAGGUUGUCUUCAAACAUUUGUUGGACACUAAUGUUUGGAUUUAUUGAAAGGGAGAUAAUGUAAUCGAAGUGCAUGUGUAAAACUACUCAAUUGGACUGGAAGUAAGGAUGAUAUGUGAAUUCAUCUGGAAAGAGAUCUGAGGGUACAGUGCUGGUAGCAUGCAUACCUCAGUCACACAUCUUUUGGAAUAAAAGUCUUAGCCACAGAUUGCAUAUACCUGUAGAAUUUUGCAUGGAUUUUGUACGAGUACGAUUAAAAAUAGCUGCUUGCACAUUUUACCAGAAGAACCUCCAAAACUCUGCAAAUGCUUACAAUAGGUUUUAGGUUUAUUGGGGUUUUCUGAUAUGCUCUGUCUGUAUUUUGAUAAUUGUGCAUAAUUAUGUAAAAAAAAAUUGUUGGUGGGCCCAUAAAUGACCAGACUUUUUUAAGCAAGCUUUGCUUUAAUGCAUUUCAUGUAUUUUUUACUCUAUUUUAUACCAUUGCUUGCUAAUAUUAGCAAAUCUGCUUUCUUGCAUCUGCUUUGCAUAGCUAUUGUAAGGCUUUAAAAUAAUGUAUGUAUUUAUUGCUUGAAUUUCAGUGCAUACUUAUAUGGCAUACUGUGUGGCAAAAUUAAAGCUCAUUUAUCCUUGCUUCUAUCAUAUGCUGAUGGGGACUGUGGUCCUUUAUAUAUAGUAUCUUUUAGCUGUAGCACAAACAUCAAUUUAUGUAUUGGUGGAUUAUGCCUAUUUGUUUAUUUAUCUUUUUGAGGUAAACUAAUUUUGAUACUUUCCAUUACUGUGUACUGUGUUCAUGCCUUGAAUUCUCAAAAGUGAAAAGUCAUGACUGAAAUUUGUAACAGCUGUUGCUCUGUAUUCAAGGCUCUCACUGCUGAAUAAAGUAAAGGACCAAACAUAGGACUUAAAAGGAAACUAGACUACCACUAACAACAGGGAAUUAUCAGGUUUUAUUGUACCUUUUUUGUCAGUGCUGUAAAACCAUGUGAGUAUUUUUUUUUAGGCUUUAUACAUGCUGUAGUUGAAUUCAUUGUAAAGUUGUACUGACUGAAAUUAGGAUUUUGUGCACAUUACUAAUCUUGUUACAAUUAGAGUUGACUGUUUUUUACUGGACAGAGACUGAAUGAAAGUUGACAUUAACCCAUUGGCAUUUUCACUUAUUUAAAUCUAUUGGUAAUCAUGUGUUUUCAUUUUGGAGUUCCUAAAUUAUAUCACCAGUAUAAAACUUAAUAAACCCUGAUUAGUGGAUAAGUAAUGAAUUGUACCUCCAUUGGUAAUGAACUGAGCAGCAGUGAUGGUUGUAAUGUAAUGUAAAAAAAUCAGCUCCUUUCUAAGGUACUGAACAAUGUUGUCACUGGCACUGCCAUAGAAUUACAAGGUGUGAAAAACAUUUUUCCUGUAUUAUAGUAUUCCAUCAUUCAAUGUGUCUGUUUAAACAGACAAUAAAAUGUGUAUUAUAGUUCUAGAUGUGUGUAAUCAGUACUAAUGACAGAUAAUGGCAUUAUGAAAUGCAAUAAAUAGUUUAUCACACAUAUUAAGCUCAUCUGUUAUGUCCUUGUUAACAGACAGCAUUAA